CUAUUUUACAAAUGUAUAAUCUAUGGUUGCAAAGAAAUAAAAUAAUAGUAAAUAAAAAUAUGGCACCGAAGCUGAAGUUUGCUGAUGGUGAAAAAGUGUUGUGUUUUCAUGGACCCCUGAUUUACGAGGCAAAAUGUCUCAAAAGUUCGGUUACGAAAGAUAAGCAUGUCCGAUAUCUCAUCCAUUACGCUGGUUGGAACAAGAAUUGGGAUGAGUGGGUUCCCGAGAGUCGAGUCCUCAAAUACAACGAAGCCAACGUGCAGAGACAGAAGGAGGUACAGAGGGCACACUCGGCACAACCGACGAAGACUAAAAAAACUCCUGCUAAAGGUAGGAAGUCAGAAGCAGCUGCGAGUGCCACCCCAGCUAGGGAAGAGUCCAGAGCAUCAACGCCUGCUGGCAAAGAGCCAGAAGUGACUACUCCUGCACCAGCCAAGGCCACAAAGACUCAGAGCAAAGAUACACCAGCCGACUCUGGCUCUGAUCAACCCAAGAAGAAGCGAGGCCGGUUAGAUCUGUCAAUCGAAUCUGAAGAGCAAUAUCUAGCUAAGAUUGAAGUGAAGAUUAAAAUACCCGAGGAACUCAAAGUAUGGCUCGUAGACGACUGGGACGUCAUCACAAGGCAACAGAAACUCGCCAUACUGCCUGCUAAGCUCACCGUGGCACAGAUCGUCGACAACUACCUAGCCUUCAAGAAGUCGAGCAAGUCCCACAAUCCGUCUAAGGAAUCAGUAUUAGUUGAUAUAACCGGAGGCAUUAAAGAAUACUUUAACUCAACGCUCGGGUCACAACUCCUAUAUAAGUUCGAGCGACCGCAGUACAGCGAGAUUUUGCAUGAAUACCCAGACACGCCGAUGUCUCAAAUAUACGGCUCCAUACAUUUAUUAAGGCUUUUCGCUAAAAUGGGCCCGAUGCUUGCUUACACAGCAUUAGACGAGAAGUCUUUACAACUCGUGUUGACCUACAUACAAGAUUUCCUAAAGUAUAUGGUCACCAAUAGAUCCACAUUGUUUAAUUUGCAAGACUACGGUAACGCGACGCCUGAAUAUCACAGGAAAAUUCAAUAGAAUUAUUUUAAGUUGACUGUUUGAAUAAAUGACUUUAAUUAUU